CUAUAAGUAGAUUGCGAGAUUUAUCUUCGCGAUCAUUUGAAAGAAUAAGUUUCGUUAAUGCCAGGUCAUCAAGAGCAAUGUAUGCUAUGGAACGCGAUACUGAAGUGCGGCAUAAUGAACGCAAUGUUCGCGAAAAUGAAAAUCAUCGGUCACUCGACGAAGUACGGCGUGUCCUCAGAUCUUUAGAAAUCUUGAAUGUCCGAGAUAAUACGGAAAGAACUGUUAGGAAAGAUGUUCCGAUGGCCCAAUUUAGACAACGCACGAUAAAAACAAAUAGUGAUCUUGCAAAUUCGUAUCAUAGAGAUUCUUCUAAUAGGAACACUGUAGCAAGGCGAGAAGUACGAAAGUUUAACCGUAACGAACGUGAUGCUCGUCUUAAUAAUAACCAUCGUUUACCUUUAAGAGAAACUGAAAGGAACUUUUUUAGAAACACCAGAGAAUCCGACAGAAUUAGAAACAGUAUGGAGAGGAAUGUCCAAAUAAACGAACGUAACGAGAGGCGCGAUAGCACAAGGUCUGCUAAAAGAUUCAGAGAAUCCAACGAAAUACUAAGAGAUAACACACAGAGGAAUUAUCUGAGAAGUAAUGAUGACAGAACUUCUGAGCGAAGACAACAAAGGACCUAUACUCACACGAUGAGACGCACCAGUUCUGAUGAGAAUCAGAUUCGAAGAUCUAACUCUAAAGGUGAAAGGGAUGAUGAUACAAGAAUGCGACAAAAUGUGAACAAAAACGUGGACAGGAGAUUAUCUAACGACAAUAGAAGAAUCAGUCAAUCAGUUGGACGUCAGUUAAGAGAACCAAGAAUGACGCAGCAGUUGGAAAAAAACAAAAGAACACGCGAAUACGACCUGAACUUUGAUCAUUCAAGGAACACAUUGAGCAUGGUCAAUGAAGAAAACUCAUCAUUAACAUGGCAGGCCGCGUUUUACGCUCUUCAAGCUAUUUACAUUUGUACUAUUGUUGUCAAGGUUUUGAACAGAACAGAUUCCACUAAGAGGAAAACCUGGUCUUUCCAGUGGCUCUCUAUACCAGCAAACAAAAUCGAUUAACUACAGAGACCUGCAGGCAUGGAAAAUGAUAUUGUUAAUUUAGUGAAAUGUAUCUAAAAUAAUAAUAAAUCUGUUAUUUGAAAUAU